CAGAAAGGCCAGCGCGGUCCAGCGCAGAGCUGGAGGGAGCGGUGCGGUGCGGGGCGCCGAGAUACAAGAGACAUCAGAGUGGUGUGGAUAUUUACCUAAACGCACUGAAGACAACUCCCGUGACGUUGUUGGAUGCUCUACCAUCCAGAUCAGGAAGAGGACAGAAGAGGAUGUUGGAUCCCUUAGAACUGGAGUUACAGACAGUUUUAAACUCCCUGAACUGGUUGCUGGGAAUUGAACUCAGGUCCUCUGGAAGAGAAGCUGUGUGGGAUGACUGACUGGUUGACGGAAAGCCCCCAAGGACGGGGCUGCAAGAUUUAGCUGCUCUUAGUUCCCUUCCUGGCAGCCUGGGAACUACCUCCCAGGCACCUCAGGCACCAUGGACUCCCCAGGGUACAACUGCUUUGUGGACAGGGACAAGAUGGACGCAUCCAUCCAGGACCUGGGGCCAAAGGAACUGAACUGCACAGAGCUGCAGGAGUUGAAGCAGCUGGCACGACAGGGCUACUGGGCUCAGAGCCACGCCCUGCGGGGGAAAGUGUACCAGCGCCUGAUCCGGGACAUCCCCUGCCGCACGGUCACACCUGACGCCAGCGUGUACAGUGAUAUUGUGGGCAAGAUUGUGGGCAAGCACAGCAGCAGUAGCUUGCCCUUGCCUGAGUUUGUGGACAACACUCAGGUGCCCACCUACUGCCUGAACACACGGGGUGAGGGGGCUGUGCGCAAGAUUCUCCUGUGUAUCGCCAAUCAGUUCCCCGACAUCUCCUUCUGCCCUGCCCUGCCUGCUGUGGUGGCCCUGCUGCUGCACUACAGCAUUGACGAGGCUGAGUGUUUUGAAAAGGCCUGCCGCAUCUUAGCUUGCAAUGACCCCAGCAAGAAGCUCAUUGACCAGAGCUUCCUGGCCUUCGAGUCCUCCUGCAUGACAUUUGGGGACCUGGUGAACAAGUACUGCCAGGCGGCCCACAAACUGAUGGUGGCUGUAUCAGAGGACGUCCUGCAGGUCUACUCUGACUGGCAGCGAUGGCUGUUUGGGGAGCUGCCCCUCAAUUAUUUUGCUCGUGUUUUUGAUGUCUUCCUUGUAGAAGGCUACAAGGUAUUGUACCGUGUCGCUCUGGCCAUCCUCAAGUUCUUCCACAAGGUGAGAGCAGGACAGCCCAUCGAGUCCGACAAUGUAAAGCAAGACAUCCGCAUAUUUGUCAAGGACAUUGCCAAGACAGUGUCCCCUGAGAAACUACUAGAGAAGGCUUUUGCCAUCCGCCUGUUUUCCCGAAAGGAGAUCCAGCUCUUGCAAAUGGCCAAUGAGAAAGCACUAAAGCAGAAGGGCAUUACUGUCAAACAGAAGAGGCAGUUUGUGCACUUGGCUGUCCAUGCAGAAAACUUCCGCUCAGAGAUCGUCAGCGUGAAGGAGAUGAGAGACAUCUGGUCCUGGAUCCCCGAGCGUUUUGCCCUCUGCCAACCCCUCUUACUUUUCUCCUCGCUGCAGCACGGGUACAGCCUAACCAGGUUCUAUUUCCAGUGUGAAGGACAUGAGCCUACCCUCCUGCUCAUCAAGACCACGCAAAAGGAGGUUUGUGGUGCCUACCUGUCAACAGACUGGAGCGAAAGAAAUAAGUUUGGAGGCAAACUGAGCUUCUUUGGAACCGGAGAAUGCUUUGUUUUUAGGCUGCAGCCAGAGGUGCAGCGUUACGAGUGGGUGGUCAUCAAGCAUCCAGAGCUGACUAGGCCGACAUCCUUCAAGUCCUCAGAGGCUGCAGCCACUCCUUCCCUCCUUAGCCACUCCAUCUCUUCAGACCCUGCUGAUCGGCUCUCACCUUUCCUGGCUGCCCGGCACUUCAACCUGCCCUCCAAGACUGAAUCCAUGUUCAUGGCUGGGGGCAAUGACUGCCUCAUCAUUGGGGGAGGAGGUGGCCAAGCACUCUACAUUGACGGGGAUCUGAACCGCGGCCGCACUGGACACUGCGACACCUUCAACAACCAACCCCUCUGCUCCGAGAACUUCCUCAUCUCAGCUGUGGAGGCCUGGGGCUUCCAAGACCCUGACACCCAGUGAUGGGUCUGCGUUGAUGGUGACUGAGCCACGUUGUGGAGUGAUGGGGCGGAGGCCAAGCUGCCUCUUGAGGGAGCAGGGAGUGAGUGAGACACCACCCCUAUGAAGCAGUCAGGCUUGGUGCGCAGUGGGGACGUCACUGUCACGAGCCAAGCCUGGCUGCUGCUUGGACUGGCUGCCCCUCUGCCUUGGACUUGUUAGGCUAGGACCCUGAACCCUCCUACUUCUGAGCUUGAGGGGCUGUUAUACUCCCAAUGCUGUCCAGUGUCUGCCCUCACCCAGGGUCCUGGCUCUGCGUGGAGGGGUCCUGUGCCCAAGAUUGCCCAGGCCUACCUUGCUCUGCCCCUGGGCCUCAGCCCUUUGUAGGGAAAGGGCAAAGGAAUCUUCUUGCCAAAUGUGGGUCUGUGGUGCCCCCUGCUGGUUCUUUGGCUCUGUAGCGCCUCAGGCCUCUGACCCUCUGAGGCUUCUCUGAGCUACAUUUGCUGCUCCAGGAUAGGAUGGGGAGGGCAGUAUUGUGCAGGGCUCUGCAGCUUCUCCUGUCCUAGAAGGAUGAGGGCUGGAGAGCUGUCUUUUGUCUUUGUGUGUCUGCAGAGCCGGAAGCUCUUGCUGCACCUCACUGCAAGUCCACACCUGAAGGUGGCCUCUGGAGAGACUUUCUUUGACCAACCUGGCCAGUCAGCUCCCUUUCCAGGGUUCUCCUCAGAGAUAACUGGGCUCAGUGAGGCUUUUGCCCUCCUGCUGUACAUCCCUGUAGCCCCCUCGAACUCCUGUAGUCUUGGUGACUCCUGUGUUUUCUUUCCUUGUCACUGUAGUGACUGAGGCCCAGGGUCACCCGAACCCUAGCAUGGCAUGCUUGUCUCAGUUCACCCUUCUGCCUUCCCCUCAGGCCUGUGGUUCCCUGUUCGCACAGCAUUUGAUAAACCAGUGUGACUUUCAGAUCCCUGUGCUGUCACGAUGGCUAGCCACAUGCCAUGUUUUCUGUGUGCUACCCCUUCUACCUUCCAGUCUCUGGAUGUCUGUGCUUCUUGAGCCCUGUACUGGCCUGGCACACAGGAGAUGCCAAGGGAAGUACCACCUCCGAGAGGACUGCAGCAAGCUCCAUUUCCCCAGGACCUUCCUCCCACCCUGUGACCUCCCUCAGCUGGUCCUGAGGGUCUAGGCACCACAGAGGAAGAGAGAAGAAGCAGUGGCCCAAAUGGCUGUGCUGGGGCCACAGAAGUCUGGAUCAUACGGACAGUUGCCCGGUUCCCCCAUGACUAUGUCUGCCAUGCCUCAUCAGCACUGGUUCCCACAUGACUGUGUCUGGCAUAUCUCAGUCAGCAUGUGUCACACCAAUGCUCGUCUCCGUGAUGAUACUCUUGCUGUGGGA